AUGCAUCAUAUUAACACAGCAGAUCAAUCAUCCAAAACAGCAAUGCCUGGACGCAUACAGAAUUUUUUUUUUUUUUUUUCUUUUUUUUUUCUUUUUUUUCUCCCCCUUUCUGUUUUGUUUUUUCUCCCCCUUUCUGUUUUGUUUUUUCUCCCCUUUCCGUUUUUUUGUUUUUUUUUCUCCCCUUUCCGUUUUUUUUCUCCCCCUUUCCGUUUUGUUUUUUCUCCCCUUUCCGUUUUGUUUUUCUUUUCGUUUUUUUGUUUUUUCGUUUCGCCCUUUCCGUUUUUUUUUCUCGCCCUUUCCGUUUUUUUUUUCUCGCCCUUUCGUUUUUUUUUUUUCUUUUCCGUUUUGUUUUCUCGCCCUUUCCGUUUUGUUUUUUCUCGCCCUUUCCGUUUUGUUUUUUCUCGCCCUUUCCGUUUUGUUUUUUCUCGCCCUUUCCGUUUUGUUUUUUCUCGUCCUUUCCGUUUAGUUUUUUUCGUCCUUUCCGUUUUUUUUUUUUUCGUCCUUUCCGUUUUGUUUUUUUUCCUUUCCGUUUUGUUUUUUUCGUCCUUUCCGUUUUUUUUUUCGUCCUUUUUUUCCGUUUUGUUUUUUUCGUCCUUUCCGUUUGUUUUUCUCGUCCCGUUUUGUUUUUCUGUCCUUUUUUGUUUUUUCUCCUUUCCCCCUUUCCGUUUUGUUUUUUCUCGCCCUUUCCGUUUUGUUUUUUCUCGUCCUUUCCGUUUUGUUUUUUCUCGUCCUUUACGUUUUGUUUUUUCUCGUCCUUUCCGUUUUGUUUUUUCUCGUCCUUUCCGUUUUGUUUUCCGUCCUUUCGUUUUUUGUUUUUCUCGUCCUUUCCGUUUUGUUUUUUCUCGUUUUUUUUUUCGUCCUUUCCGUUUUGUUUUUUUUCCUUUCCGUUUUGUUUUUUCUCGUCCUUUCCGUUUUGUUUUUUCUCGCCCUUUCCGUUUUGUUUUUUCUCGUCCUUUCCGUUUUGUUUUUUCUCGUCCUUUCCGUUUUGUUUUUUCUCGUCCUUUCCGUUUUGUUUUUUCUCGUCCUUUCCAUUUUGUUUUUUCUCGUCCUUUCCGUUUUUUUGAUAAAUUUCGAACUUCAUCCUUAAGUCAAAUUCUUUUUCUGUUUUGUCUUUCUUUUUCUGUUUUGUCUUUCUUUUUCUGUUUUGUCUGUCUUUUUUGUUUUUCUGUUUUGUCUUUCUUUUUCUGUUUUGUCUUUUUUCUGUUUUGUCUUUUUUUUUCUGUUCUUUCUUUUUCUGUUUUGUCUUUUUUUCUGUCUUUUUUUCUGUUUUGUCUUUCUUUUUCUGUUUUGUCUUUCUUUUUCUGUUUUGUCUUUCUUUUUCUGUUUUGUCUUUCUUUUUCUGUUUUGUCUUUCUUUUUCUGUUUUGUCUUUCUUUUUCUGUUUUGUCUUUCUUUUUUCUUUCUUUUUCUGUUUUGUCUUUCUUUUUCUGUUUUUCUUUCUUUUUUGUUUUGUCUCUUUCUUUUUUUGUUUUUCUUUUUUCUUUUCUGUUUUUUUUCUUUUUUUGUCUUUUUUUUCUGUUUUGUCUUUUUCUGUUUUUUCUUUUUUGUCUUUCUUUUUCUGUUUUGUCUUUCUUUUCUGUCUUUUUUGUCUUUCUUUUCUGUUUUUCUUUCUUUUUUUUUUGUUUUUUCUUUUUCUGUUUUUUGUCUUUUCUUUUCUGUUUUGUCUUUCUUUUUAUCUUCCAUAAUCUCUUUCCUUCCUUUCAUUUUUCUUUAUAAUUUCCCACCUUUCAUCUCUCUCCCUAUAAUUUCCUUUUGUCUCCAUUUUUAUUUAUUCCAUUUCCUCCUUUUUGCACCCCCGACACAUUUCUUUUGA